UGGUACGUUUCAUGAUUAUAUAAAUUAUACGAAAGUGUACUACAUUUUCUUAAUAUGCAGGACAAUAUAAUCCCAACUUAUUAAUACAUAUAAAUAUAUACUGAAUUCCUUAAAAAACAUUUUCACCCUGUACAAGAAAUAAAUUAUAGUAAUCCAAAAGAGAAACAGAAUUAUGAUUAACCACAGUUGUUUCUUAAUUUUGUUAACCUUAACAUUGUAUUGGGAAUCAGAUGCUUUUACAGGUCGUUGUAAAACUGAAGGAGAAAAAUGUUCCAAAACAAUAUUUUCACCAUGUUGUGCAAAUUCUACAUGUCAACUACAUGGGAUAUUUAAAGGAGUUUGUGUAAAAUGUUUACCUGAGAAACAUUUAUGCCUGUCCAGUAGUGAAUGUUGUACAAAUUCAUGUAAAUGGUUUCGAUGUGUCAAAACAGAUUAGACAUGGAUUGAUUCAUUAAUUCACAAUUAAUGAAUAUUCAUAUACAAGUAAAUUGACUAGUAAUAUAAAAAAUAUACGUUUAAUUGUUCUUAAGA